AUGAAAGCAGGAGCCGACAUGAAUAUUGCUGGGAAGACUGUGUGUGUUUUUGUGCUGCUCACCGUCACCAAGGUCACAAGAACAGUAGGGUACAACAGAGUGUCAGUGACAGUAGGAAACAGCUCUGUGCUCACCUGCCCUCACAAAUCAAAUAGAACUAUGGUAACAUGGAAAAUCAGCCCCAAGGUUGGAGGCCCCUGCACCUUGGGAUACAGGACUGAUCAGAACAAGACAGACAGAACCAACUGCAGCGACAGCAUGAACUGGAAGUCCAGACCAGAUCAGGAUCCUGCCCUUGAGAUACGACAAGUGGGAAUAGCCCAUGAGGGAAAUUACAUCUGUGAAGUAGUAUCAACAGAAGGGAAUUUCCACAUGAUGUACCACCUGACCGUGCUGGUGCCCCCCAGGCUGACCCUGUACUGCGAUGACCAUGGGAACCCCGUGUGCGAGGCGGUGGCAGGGAAGCCGGCUGCUCAGAUCUCCUGGGUCCUGGAGAGCAUCUUCACCCCCAGGGAAGAAGGCCAUGACAACGGGACAGUGACUGUUGUCAGCAAGUUCACAUCAUAUAGCAGCAACAUGACUAAUACAACCUGCUUUGUGUCCCACCCAGCUGGGAACCAGAGCAACUCCAUAGCCUGUCGUCCGUCAGAGAACAGCUUUAUCCUGCAUGCCUCCAUCAUUCUUUGUUUCCUGAGCGUUUUCACCUUCGUGGCUGCCAUUUACUAUUUUAAGCUCCAUGGCAACAGACCAUGCCACAAAACCAAACCUUCUGAAACUGCCCCAAACAGGCACACCCCACAGGAUGACACAAUGGAAGUGGAACCUUAUACUACUUACGUGCAGAAGGAAAAUGUAAUUUACAACUCGGUGUCUGAUCUGACAGUGGGGCAGAAUCUUCCAAAAGGACUGUCGCCAGCAACAUGA